GCGGGGGGAGCUGGGGCCGCGGGGGAAGCGGGGCUGCGGGCUGCUAGCGGGACUGGGGUCCGGGAGCCGGGCGUUGGAGGUGCGGGAGGCCUGGGAAGCUCUUUCAGCCCUACUUCCGUGUGUGGAUCUCGGAGAAAGCCCUCAGCGGCCCCGUGCCUCAGUUUCCCCACACCUGUGACCUGGCUAAGGCUCCUUGUGAGAGUGCAGAGAUGAAUGUGCUGAGAAGAGUGAAGGAGCGAUGUUCAUUGCAGGAGACAGGGUGAAAGCAGAAAGGACAGAAAGUGCACCACAAGUGCAGGCAGGAGUGUUAUCAGCCCCUAGCCGCAUCCUCAGCAGUGUGGAACUGGAUGCUCUCAUGGCUGCUGCAGACCCUGUCCUGCCCCCUGAGGAGGUGGUUCUGCUGGAGCUGGGGAAGAUGGCCCUGGACAAGGUGCCACCAGCCCCAGACAAACACCUGGAGGACCCUGAUGCUACCCUGCCAUGGGACCGGUGUCAGCACAGUGCCCAGGGCCAGCCAGAGUUUGUGGAGAUGAAGAGGCGCUCGAGUCCUGAGGGGGGCCAUGAGGACCCAAAGGAAGCUGUUCCUACCUGCCCCACAGUUGAGGCCGAAGAUGAGGAAGUCCCCCAGGUGCCUGUGAUGGCAGCCCAUGUCUUUGUGCCCAUCGACCCGCAGUGCAUCGAGCAGAGCCCCUUCAAGCAGAAGCAGCACCCCACCCCAUGGCCUCAGGAGGAGGGCAGGGGGGACCAUGUUCCCCCCAGUGACAGACCCAGCACCCUCCACCACAAGCAGGUCUUCGUCCCCCUCAGCCCCUCACGCUACCGGGAUCCACUUAGCUUUGAGGGGCGCAUGGCCAAGCUCCCAGCUGAGGGGCUGCAGUGCCCAUGCGCCAGGGAUUGUGGCACUGAUAAUCUCAAGGCCGUGGCAUCGGUGGCAGGGGCCCUGCUCCUCUGCCCUUGCCUCAUCUAUGGAGCCUACAUCUUCUUGCCCUUCGACGCCCCGCUGCUGCCCACCGUCAGUGCCCGUCUGGUCUACACAUUGCGUUGUGCCGCCUUUGCCACCUUCCCCAUCGUGCUGGGAAUGAUUGUCAGCGGCAUCUCCCGCCUCUGCUCCUCGGCCCUGGAGCCCUUUGGAGAGCUCCACCGGGAGGUGGAGAUCCACCGCACUUACGUCUCUCAGUCCGUCCACCUCUUCAUCCUCUACUUCUUCAACAUGGCUGUGCUGGCCACCUACCUCCAACAGGAGCUCCUCAAGCUCAUCCCGCUGCUCACAGGGCUCUUCGCCAUCUCCCGGUUGAUUUUCUGGAUAUCCUACACCAUUGGCCGCUCCUUCCGUGCCUUUGGCUUCAGCAUGACCUUCUUGCCACUCCUGGCCAUGCUGCUCUGGAACCUGUAUGGCAUGUUUGUCCUGGAGCCCGAGAACCUCCUGUCUGUGGCAGCACCAACACCCGAGGGCCACUCCAAGGAGAGCCGAGCCAAACUCCGGCACUGGGGGUGAGGGAGGCCAGGAGAUGGGGCAGCUGGACCUGAAGAGCUUGAGCCCUGCUUAAUGCCCUGCCUCAAGAGUCUUGACAGCACAGAGAUGCUGGCAGAUCCAGCUGGGCCCCUGCUCCCUGCCUGGACACAGUGAAGUUUUGCUGGGCCCACAGAACCAGGCUGCAAACCCUCUGCACCAGGAGACUCCUGCUGGAAGGUGAACAAGGCUCAGAGCAAGACACAGCAAGCCCUGUUCCCUAGGAAUGGGGUGGGAUUUGUUUCCCCUCCUGCUGGAGCCAACUUUGCUCAAUAAAGCCCUUACCAAGCAGCUCUGUGGCUGGUUUGCAGA